AGAAGAAGAAGAAGAAGAAGUGGCUAAAAAAACAACACGGGCACUUGGCUGUCUGAUAACAAACAAGGUUACACACUUAACUGAGAGAUAACCACCUGAUGCAUGAUGUGAGAUGUGAUAAAGCCUUAUUGACACCUGGAAGAGGCGGCUGAUAUGGUGGACCUGAGACUAUCCCUCAGGAGCCCCCAGACUCACUUUUUUACGAGGGCCUGGGGAAAAUGUUGCCACAGAUUAUGGAUCUAGGAUAUAAUCUUCCAUAAGAUUCCAAUUCCCCAACACUUCAAACAAACAGCUGUAAGGAAGAUGGAGAGAGAAGAAGCUGAGAAAGAUAUGGAUUGCGUUUCCGAUGCUGACGAGGAGUUCCCUGAUGGUGAUUCCACAUCAGUGACCGAGUGUGGUCAGUGGGAGGCCAGACGGACUGAUGACGAAUGCCAGCUGGAGGACCAAACAGCCUAUUCCACAUCUAAGGACACCCCAAAUCCAGCCACUCCAAAUGACCCUUGGAUUGGUGAAGCAGGGUACUAUGGAUCUCCAGAGGCCAAAGAGGAUACGGAGGAGGUUUCAGAUGGAUCUGAGCAUGAAGACACUGCAGAUCAAGAGAACUUGCAUGUUAUAAAUCAGGAAGAGGAUGAAGCUGCGAAGGAGCAGCACAUGAACGGGGAGUCUAGUUGGAGGAAUCUUGGUCCUGGUCGGAGAUUUAAAUUGAGGAGCAGUGGAUCAGUUUCAGAGCAGGGCAGUCAAAGUGCUUUUUCCUCUCUACCUAAAGGAAAUGUUACGUCCAGUGGAGGCCGGCACAAGCAGACCCGCAGACGUAACCACCACCACCAUCAGAGCCGAGGCCGCAGGCGGACAGGAAACCAGCUCCUCUUAGCUUUUAAGGAGAUGCUGUCGGAGUCUGUGAGCUUCUGGUGCAUCUCCUGCGUCCACAUGAUGAUUGAGAUUAUUGUCACAUUAACACACAACUGUGGAGUCUGUGUUGAGACUGGAGGAAUGAAACUUUACAGCCUAGGGCAGCAGGUCCUCGUAAAGAUCACAGAUAUAGCAGGGCUGAAGGCAGACGCUUCUCUGGUUUUGAAAUGGACUAAAUGCACAGGAACGGACCUCAUGGAUAAAACUGUUAGGUCAGUGAAGUGGGUAACGACUACUGCCUUAUAUUGUUUGAGACUUUUCUGUGCUUUGGUUAUUCUGGGUUACUAUUGGGCAAAAUGUGCAUUGGGUCGCCUUAGUGGAGAAAGGGGAAAGCGCUAUUGGACAACCUUUCAGGAGUCAAGGUUUUGGAAGAGGGUGGGGUCCCUGCUGGAAAGAGUCCGAAGCAAGUUCAGGAGGAAUGGCCGUGCACCCCUGUCCAGCCCUGACUCACCCAGCAGAGCGGGGAGGAGCGGGCCAGGACAGGAGCUGGAUAGACUGCUGGCGUUGGCUGAGGUACCAGAGGAGGAGCUCGAUCCCUUCACUGUGCUCGGGGUGGAGGUGCACGCCACCGAGGCUGAACUAAAGAAGGCCUACAGACAGCUUGCUGUACAGGUACAUCCAGACAAGAAUAAACACCCACGAGCUGGAGAGGCGUUCAAAGUACUCAGGGCUGCCUGGGAUAUUGUCAGUAAUCCAGAGACUCGACAAGAAUAUGAGUUGAAGCGAAUGGCAGCAACUGAGCUCUCAAAGUCCAUGAACGACUUCCUCACUAAACUGCAGGAUGACCUGAAGGAAGCCAUGAACACCAUGAUGUGUACUAAGUGUGAAGGCAAACACAAGCGGUUCGAGAUGGAUCGUGAACCUGCUGAGGCCCGGUUCUGUGCUGAAUGCAACCGUUGCCAUAGUGCAGAGGAAGGGGACCUGUGGGCCGAGUCCAGCAUGCUGGGCCUACGCAUCACAUACUUUGCCUUUAUGGAUGGCAAGGUGUAUGACAUUACAGAAUGGGCAGGUUGCCAAAGAAUAGGUAUUUCUCCUGACACGCACCGUGUGCCGUAUCACAUCUCUUUCGGUGCAAAGAACAACACCACCUCCACACGACAAAGGACGCCCUCAGAGAGCGCCACACCUCCCACCAACCCUGCAGAUUUACAGGACUUCUUCAACCGUAUCUUCAAGGGCGGACCUCCUAAUGACAUGGCUAGCAACGGGGGCUUCUUCCCCCCGGGCCCCCCUCCUCAUCACCCACCUGGGGCUGCAGCGCCCCCGUUCUCUCCUCCCCCGAGCCAGACAGGUUUCUUCAUGCCGGGGGCUCAGCGACCGGAGCCCAGCGAGACGUGGGCUGAGGGUGGCAAACCCCCCCGGAGGAGGAAGAAGGUCCGCAAACCCUUCCAGAGGUGAAGGCUGUUAACCUCUCAGUGAAACAACAUAGCAACACAGGGACUCGGUAAAUAAUGGCCAUGUGUGUCACGCCUGCCUGUUGGCAUGCCAAGAUCUGAACCAGAGAUAAUUCAUGGGUCAGAUCUGCCAGAGGAGAGAGACUGCAGAGUGUGAUCUGAAGUAUUGAAGGAGAGUGGAAGAGGUGACGCUGUGACGGUGCUUUACCUCUCAUCUCACCUUAUAUUUUCGUUGGUCUUUAAGGCAACUGUAGCCUUGGCAUUGAUAUCCGCAUCAGGAUGCUGUAAUAAAACAUUUUUCUUUCAUCAUUUCCUGCCAAAUCCUGCAAUGCAUGAUUUAUUCACCUGAAAUGUAACACUUCAGUUUUUUCACUUUUGUUGAUGUUUUUCAGAAGCUUAGUUGAAGACGUUGGUUCCCAGCGGAGUGAGUGACACUUGAACAGAGGGUUACAUUGAGUAAUGGAUCAUGUGAUUAAGGUGAUGAUAAUGAUGUGGGCAGCUUUACUGUCAGUGGUUACUCAUGUUUCACCUUGCCAACAUAUGAUUUUAAGAACGAUUACAAAAACAGUGAAACCCAACACAUCUGAACCAAAUUUACAAAAAGCGCAGGAAAUUUUCAAAUUUGGGCAGUUGCAACAUUUGUAUUGGUGAGCUGUAGUAAUAUCUGAGAGUAUGGUGUGUAUCUCUGGUAGUGUGCCGACAGACAAAUAAUUAAAUAUCAGUUAACGUAACUCAAUGAAAGGUCAAAGUAAAAAAAACAAAAAACUUGUGUUCUCUAGUCCAGUUUCAGUGGUGAGUGUUACACAUCUUUUCAAAUGUAUGACUAUUAAAGAUUAGGCCGUUUGUGCAGAAUUUGAAAUGCUAAAACCGGAUGGAAGUUACCAGAGAUACACAUCCUGCAUUUAUAAACUUCUUUUACCAAGGGCCCCUGAGCCAGAGAGGAGAGUGAAGAUCUCAAAUCUUGACCUGAAUAGGUAAAUUAAUAAAUCUGCUUUGAAAUACUGAUCCAAAUCUAAGUGUUCCCGCUGUUCAGUGCUUCAGCUCCAGGUUGAUGUUGUUAUUAUUGAACAAGUUAAGCAGGAAGGACUUCAGCUGUGUUACUGAACUCAAGCUGCUUUGAUUCAAAACUUUAAAAGUGACACCUUGACAUUUUGAAAUGCUGAUAUUAUUCCUCACCAGGGAUUUAUUUCUGUUUUAAAGACCACAUACUAACACUACUCUGCACUGCCCCCGCUUGAUUCACUGUAAAACCACGCAGAGUGAAAAGUCUGCCACAGUUUGAACGAUUUACAAAGUUUAACAGUCAUUUGAGUCUUAAAUGUAUUUCAUUUUGCACCAGAAAAUGUGCUAAUUUCAAAAACUGAAACAAGCCUGACCUGUAUAAAAACUCACAAUGCUGUCAAUUCCCUUUUUUUUCACUUCAGCAUUGUUCAUUUCAUUUCUUCUGUAAUGACUUUCACCCAGUCAACCCCACACAGAUAACUUGGUAAAACAAUAACAAUUCAAAUCAACAUUGUUAAACGUUUUGAGCUCGUUUAAAAAUAAUUUAAUUUGUUGAUUUUGUUUCAUCCUGCAGUGUCAUCUUAGCUUUCAGUUUAAGGAAUAAAUAAUGUGGCUCUUAGUUUUGCUGUCAUGCGUAUUAAACGGGUGUUUUCUUCUCGUUAACCCUUGCACCUAGAUGUGGUUAAUCUUUUAAAAUGUCAAGGUCACAAGUGCACAGAGAAUCUAAUUAAGCUGAUAUACUUUUGACAACUUGAAGGGUCAGAAAAUUAUAAUUUGUUGUACUUUUGGUUUAGUUUUUUGGUAUGGUUCUUGCAUAGAAAUAAUUUUCUUUUCAUCAUCGGUUAAUUUAAGAAAACAGAUGUUAUUGUUUACACCUGAUAUGUGAAGUUUGUGAGAGUAUAGAUAAAUGGCAAUUAUGUGUGAUAAGGCAUUUGAUAAAGGCUAUUUUUUAUAAUGACAGUUGAUGAAAAGUACAAUUUUCAAUGUUCUUUUGUUGUGUUAAUUUGCACAUCCGCCCCUGUAAUAACAUCAGCAGGGUUUUGAACAGUCAUCAGUGAUUUAGCCUAACAGCCUCCUCCAGCUGCAACUGAGUAGGAGGUGUAGCUCGCUAAGCUAACAGCUCAUUUGCAAAUAACAGUUAUUUUUGGGUAGAAUCUGAAUGUUAAAUGAGUGUCAAAUUAUUGAAAAAACAACAUUUAAGUUGCAUGACCAUCAAGCUCUGGCGUAGCACAAGUGUCAGAAUUAUAUUCUGGCAAUAGAUUGCAUAAUGGUGGUUUGAAUCUUUGUUGCAAAUGUUGCUAGAGCUCAUCGAAGCAGGUCAUUAAGUUUGCCAUGUUUCUUUUCAUGUGUCAAAUAGUUUUCUCUUUACUCAUUGGAUCAGUUUCCCAGACAUGGAUUGAGUCAUUAUACUAAAAUGGCCCCUUUUUAAAAAUAAAAAAUAAUAAUUUCUGGGGGGAAAGCGUUAUUGCAUAAAAGAAAAGUUAUAGGUUAUGUUAGAAAAAUGUAAUGGCCUUAAACUAGUUUUGACAUUUGGACUGGGGUAAAAUUAAUCGAGUGAUAAUCAGAAAUAAAUCAUCAGAACUGAUAUCGACCACAUGCAGUGAUUCAUCCUACAUAUUCAUUUAGGCCUUGAUAACCUCAGUUCCUAUUUACAAUUUCAAAGAAACCGUCAAAAUGUAAUUCAGUCCCUGUCUGGGAAACCCAGCUGAAACCACGCUGAGCAGAGUGCAUUGUUCUCCACACCUCGACUCCAGAAUGUACGGGCUGUGUGUUAAAGGUAGCAGGUUAAAGUCCAAGAGGUUAAUGAAAGAGCCAACACUUCACAUUUUGUUCUUUUCCAAGUUUUAACAGAUUAUGCAGAAGUAUUGCAAAAAAUGUCUGACAAUCAUCAGGGUUUUUUGUAGGGAAUUGUGAGGCGAGUUCCCUGGCUGGUAAACAGUUUGAAAAUAUCACUGUUGGGUUUCUUUCCCCCGCUUUCUCUGGUUUUCAUAAUAAAAGAGGAUUUCCUAUUAUG